UACAGGUCUUUAUCAGUAAUUGUAUCUAUUCAAUAGCUUUCAGGCAUAUAAACUUCCAAUGUCCAAAUGAUUUUCAUAAAUUUCUCACAUGCUAAUUUGAAUAGUGUAGCCAAAGGUAGAUAUCGAAAUUCUAAAAAAAAAAAAUUACGAUUAUUUGAGUGGCAAUUGGUUUUUCCAUUUUACACUACAGCUAAAUUGAGACUACUGAGGUAGACAAGCUGCAAUGGUUAUCCAGUCAUCUUCCCAGUUACGAAGAGAGGGUGACACUAAGGUGACUUAUAUUGCUACAGAACAUGGGAACCAGAUACUGACAGGGCUACAGUCACUGAGGAAGAAAAGACAACUGUUUGAUGUGACCUUAGUGGCUGAAGGUCAAAAGUUUAAAGCUCAUAGAGUUGUAUUGGCCUCAUGUUGUGAUUAUUUCAGAGCUAUGUUUACUGAUGGGUUGAAAGAAACAACACAAGAUAUAAUUAGUAUGAAUGGUGUUACAGCUAAAGGAAUCAAAAAUAUAAUAGAAUUCGCCUACUCAUCACACAUGGAGCUAGACAGAGAUAACGUUGAAGACAUAUUGCUAGCAGCCAAUCAUAUACAGUUAUCACCUGUUAUAGCAGCCUGUACACGGUACUUAGAAUCUCACCUGUCUUUUGAUAACUGUUUUGAAAUGUUUAACCUUGCCGACCUUUUAUCUUUAAAAGAAUUGAAAAAUAUUGUUGCCAGAUUCAUGUGUUCACAUCUCGAUCAUUUCUUAUUUGACCAAAUACCUCAACUUACGUGUCAUACACUCUGUCAUGUACUAGACUGUGAUUUUCCCGUCAAUUGCUCAGAGUUGGACAUUUUGUCAGGCAUAUUGGAUUGGAUAUAUUUCAAGUUUGAUGAGAGAAAGAGUUCGGCCUGUGAACUUUUUUCUCGUUUAAGAUUCAGCGAACUGACUUUAUUAGACAUAGAUGCAAUCAGUAAUAAAAAGCAAUUAUUACAACUAUUUGAGAAACAGCCGGAAGUUGAAAAAUUGUUGAGAUCGACUGUAAUGACUUCUGUCUAUAACCAGUCGGGUCUUUUAAAUAACAGAGGAUUUAAAGAAGUAUUAGUUUGUGUAGGUGGGUUCAGUCAUGACAGAGGUAUGACAAACGAUCUACGUUAUCUCAACACGGAAUCAAACUCAUGGGACAUAUUGACAAAGAUACCUCAUGUAGAACAGUGUGACUUUGGCUUAACAGUCCUAAAUAAUGACCUUUACCUAGUUGGAGGAUGCUACAAUGACCUGAUGCAGGAGAUAAUUCACCAGUAUUGCUUUAAAUAUAGUCCCCAUGACAAUUGUUGGCAGAGCAUUGCCCCCUUACCUAGUGAGCGUUGUCGUCUGUUUGUAGGUGCCGUUGAAGAGAAGCUGUAUGCAAUAGGAGGUAGGUUUGGCUCCGAUGACUUUGCACAAGACUCAGAAACUCCAUGUGAGUGUUAUGAUCCAGAAGAAGAUCGAUGGGAUCCUAUAUCACCGAUUCCAAACAACAGAUCCGAGCAUGCAGGGGUAUCUCAUAGAGGUCAUCUUUACAUAUCGGGGGGCAUUCACGAUGACCAUGCUCUCUCAGAUUUCUAUGUUUACUAUCCAGAAUUUGAUUAUUGGUCAGAACAUUCACCAAUGCAAUCAAGACGAGCUGACCAUUCAAUGUUUGUUUACAACAAUCAGAUACAUGUGAUUGGAGGUUGGCAUGAGACCAACGCUGAUGAUAAAGUCUUGGUUAAUAGCAUUGAUUGUUACAACCUCAGCACUAGUCAAUGGGAGACAAUAGGCACUGUUCCAAAUCCACGACUUUAUGCCUCUUACUCAUGCUUCAACAACAAAGUUUAUAUGAUUGGUGGCUGGAUAGAUGGAGAUUAUCAGAGAAAAGCAGAAACUGUCCUAGUUCUUGACCUCAAAACCAUGACAUGGUCAGAAAAUCUGACACCUAAUAUUGAAGCCUGGGAACAUAAUAGUUGUACUGUUUACAUUCCUAAAUCAACUCAGACAGAGAGAGAGUUCUGUAACUGUUUACAUUCCUAAAUCAUCUCAGACAGAGAGAACGUAUUUUGUAACUCACAGAGCUGAAACCAUGUCUAAAUUUUAGCUUGCCUUGCAUUGCUUAUGCAUGUAAAAAUUUCAACUGCAUGUUAUUUAUGUAAAAAUCAGUCAAAAUGAAACUAUGUAAUGAUCAACAAUCUUUGUAGAAGGAAUAUUGUUAGUUCAAAAUGGUCAGUGUGCACCAGGAGGGAUUACAUACAUGUAUUUAACAGUUACAUUUAGUGUUAUUUAUUUGUGAGUCGGUUUAACAUUCCUGGUUUUAACUAACUGUUUGUUUAUUAUUUAUUUAAUUGUUAUUUAUUAUUUAGUUUUUUUUUUUUUACCUCAGACCUACAUGUGUCAGGCAAAAAAUGCCAUUUGUUUUAUAGGCAUUAUGUGUGAAUUUAGAGUGUGCCACCAUUAUAUAUGUUUCUAAUGUUUAAAGGUUUUUAAAUAAGGGAAAGAGUAUAGAUUUUGGACAUAAAAAAUGUCAACACAUGUCCUUAAUCAACUCUGACAGACAGAGAGAGAGUUCUUUAACUGUUUACAUUUGGUUCAGCUAUCUCCCUUAUUAAGCACUGUAAAAUGGCAUGAAAUCUUCACAAAUAUGUUUUUAGAUAUUAUAUAUCAAGGACUUUCAACUUUAUAUUUUUUCCGCUGAACUGCUUUUUUAAAUUUUUUUUAUUUAACCAAUUUAUUCAUCCACCAGUUCACGAGUUUUGAUUUUAUUUGAUAUUUUAAAAAAUCAAGUAAAAUUUGUUUUAUUUCCCAGUAACAUGUAUUCUAUUUUUUUAUUUGAUAUACAUGUAUAUUUAAUAUUUAAAUCUAACUAGUUUUCUUUUAACACUGGGCUUCUCAUGAUGAGAACAGUUAGUUUACAUGGUUGAAACAAUUUUUCUGUGCGACAUGUAUUAUUCAAGAAAGAAAUUAUUUUUCUGUGGAACAUGUAUUAUUCAAGAUAAACUAUCUUACCUUCAUCAAAAUGAUGGUACUACCUUAAGUGUGAUCAUUGUAAUAAAUAGACAUGUGUUGACAUUUUUUGUGUCCUAAAUCUACUCUUUCCCUUAUAAAACCUUUGAACGACUCAUAUUGCAUGAUUGUUGUUGUUUCAUUACUGUCUCUAAAAGUACAAAGCCAUGACUGUCAUGACUGUCAUCUGUUAUCUGUGACUGGAUAUAAAUUAUGUUUAGAAUUUUUAAUUACUAGUUAUGCUUAUGAAAUUAAAUUUCAGUGUCCAUUAAAUUGAAGCAAAGAUUGAAUUAGUUUUAAUGGACAAAACAACUGUAAAGAUUUUAAUGUUGUUUUAUUUUCAUUAAUUUCAGUUUUAAAAGCCAUUGCUGUGUUUUAUGAUUUAAUGUAUGUCAGAUUGUAUCGGUACUUAGUAGUAAAGGGUUAGGAUUUUACUUUUAUUUAACAUUAACAUAUAUCUGGUUUUCAUUUUUCAUGUGUUUGCCCCCUCCUCCUCCCCCUGUUUUAUUGUAUUAGUUUGAAAAUACUGUCAUAAAUGCAACAAUUUGUUGUUUUUAAUCGUAUCUAUACUUUUAUUACUUUUUAUAAUUAUAAUUGCUGACAAAGCAACAUUUCGUCUUAUAUUAAUAUUUUUUUAUCAGUAUCUUUUUAUUCCAACCCUAAUGAGUCCAAAAAUACAAAAACAUUGCAGUACCAUCAACAUGGAUCUAUUUCAAUAGUAACCCCCUCCCAUCCCAUAGAAAAAUUUGAGACUCCUUCAAAAAAUAAAUACAAAAAUAUGUAAAAUUUACUAUCAAAAGGCUCAAAUUAUAUUUUUUGGAAGGUUUGACAGUUAGAUUUUGCAAGAUUGUAGUAACUGACAAGAGUUAUUUCCUUGUAUUUGAAAAUUUCUUUGACAAAGUUUUGAUAUUUCUCAUAGACAUGAGAUCAAUGAAUAAGUCAGUUGACUGGACUUGAUUGAUUAUUUAUU